AUGGAAGGGGAUACUACACCGGACGGCUAUGUUCUAGAAAGCAGUGGAGAAUGUGAAGUUUUGGAAGAAACUGUUGAGGUGAGAAACAACUUGUUGAAAUUAUAUUAGUAUUUUUUUCAGAAGCAAGAAGACUUUUUUCGAUUACCAAAGAAAAUGGUUUUGACCGAACCUGUUCUCAAUUCUUUGGAAAAAGUAAGCAUUCAAUCCUCUUCUUGUAAAAUGGAUAUUUCAGAUAAAAGAAAACCGAGAUUUUUGGAAGUUGAAGCUUUCUGAAAGUAAGAUCACAAACGUAGCUGCUCCAAUGGUCGAUCAAAGGCAAGUCUAUACAUUUUUUGAAGCGAAUUUCUUGAUAAGGCGGCGGUUGCAGCGAGUUGGCGUUCCGGAUGUUCAACCGGCAGCACGGGACUCAGCUCACCUACACACCUAUGAUCCACGCACAUUUAUUCGUCAACGACUCCACCUACCGACGCAACUCCUUGGCUCUGUGCCCAACCGACAGGCCUUUGAUUGUUCAAGUCCGUUUCGAUUCACCGUCCCUCUCGACGAUAUCCUUUUUUGCAGUUUUGUGCGAACAAAGUGGAUACAUUUCUAUCGGCUUGCAGACUCGUUGAAGGAUUUUGCGACGGCGUUGAUCUAAACCUUGGAUGUCCACAAAUGGUCGCCAAACGGGGUCGCUACGGCUCAUACCUACAAGUGUGCAGCAAUAUAGCUUUCUCGAUAUCCUGUAGCUUUAGGAUGAAGUCGACCUCAUCUGCAAGAUGGUGGAGGCGGUCCGCGACUACUGUAGUAUCCCUGUUUCCUGCAAAAUUCGCAUUCGGGAAGAUCGACAGCAAACGGUGAACUACGCUAGAAGGCUCGUCGAAGCGGGUGCUGCAAUGUUGGUUUCUAUAAAUAUUGAGAAUUAUAUAAAUUUGUGGGCUUUGAUGGAUAUUUCUUUCACGAAGGAGUUAUUCUAAGUCGAUAGGAAGAAAAUUGGUCUUCUUUUUGCUGUCAGUCUCCAAUUAGUAUAGUCCGUUUUUGGCGACUUGAAAUGCCGGGACUUUUCUGCACCCUCCUCGUCUCUCGACGGCCCUCUCUUGUUGACGCGCUAUUUUCGCCUAUCUGUGACCUCGCCGGUGAGAGAAAAGAGAGACGCAGACACUCGAAAACUGUGAAGUCGCGGCGGAUGGACUACAAACUCUAUUUUUUUUUAAACUCACCUCUAGCUUCUUUUUUUUUUCUAAGUUGGUCAAUGAAUCUCGAAUUUUUUAUAUUCAAAACGGUUAUCAGUUUUCAUUCAACGGAGAAACUUCAAGGCUGACGGUACAUGGACGGACGAGAGAAAUGAAGGGAGCUGAGACGGGUUUGGCUGACUGGACGAGAAUUCGCGACGUCGUCGAAGCCGUAGAUGUUCCAGUGAUCGCCAACGGAAACAUCCAGGUUGGCCGGUAGCCUCAACUGCGCUCUAUCGUCAACCAGUUUCCCGGCGAUGUCGAGCGAUGCAUGAGAGCCACCGGCGCCGUCGCCGUCAUGUCCGCUGAAGGUCUUCUUUAUAACCCUUUGAUUUUCUCGGUAAUUCCUCCUUCUUUUCUUUGAACACUCAUUGAUUUCGUUCCAGAGCGAGCUGGCGCAUCGGGAAACGUGGAAAGUGGCCAGAGAAUACCUGCACUAUGCGAGAAAGUAUCAUGCAGGUGUCAGUGCAAUGAGGGCACACGUUUUCCGCAUCUGCCAUCAUAGGUUUCUUUUCGAAAAUCUCUUUUCUGAGUCCACUUAUUUGUUGCUUUCAGUUUACUGGAGUACAGUGACCUUCGCAUGCGCGUUUCCAUGGAGCAUCGUUUGGAAGAUUUCGAGUCAGUGGUUGAUGAGCUCGAAAAAAGAGCAUCUGAAGAGGCGGCGACCGAACAGGGCGUAGAGCGGGAGAGGAACGCCUUGAAGCUUUUCGAAGACAUAAGGUGUGACCUAGCACCUCAUUCCAUUCGUUUUGUGAUUCAAGGACGGGAGCAAUCGAGAUGGACCCUCUGGAAGUGUCUCGCGCCCCUCAUUGGAUAUCCAAGCCUUACUUCCGUCUGUCAGAAGUCGCCAAGGAAACUUUGGUGGCGGAAGGGGAGAAGACGUUCAAGGAACAACGACGGGAAAGGCUCGAAAAAGCAGCCAAGGAGAUGGGCGUCUCUCUCAAGUUUGUUCGAAAAAUAUAAUCCCGAGUCGGAGGCAGAGAAAGGGGGCGGGACGCGAAAUCUUGGAACGAACCCUUGAAAAAGUGUCUGAAAGGUUCCUAAAAGCUUCUGGAACGCUUGGUUUGAUGGUCACAGUCUGAGGUUCUUACAAGCGCUACUGAAUUUUGAAAAAGCCCGAUCCCUGCUCUUUUUUUAUCUGAUCUACUAUUUCAAUUAACACAUGAAAGAGGUCAAUGCAUAGUCAAAAAUGAAUGAAAGGAGCUCUUCAAAUAGUCGCUGGCGGUUGAAUCAAACUCGUGCCAAGAACCGCCCCCCGCCCCUUCACCUUUCAAGUCGGGAAAAAUUGGCUAUAACUCGAAUCGCAUAGAAACUCCACGUUUUUCAGACAGGCUAGAAAACGAGAACGGAGGCAGUUGACAGAGAAAAAAAUUCUCUCCGUUAAAAGAGUUGAGUUUUUUCUUCGGCUCGAAAACCAAAUAUUCUUUUUUUUACAGUUGAAGUUUGAUCCUUGUGCGCGAUGUUCACAACCUGGCGGCCAAGGCUGUUCACAUUUCAUGUGCAAAAAGUGCUGUCGUUACGUCUGUCGGCACGAGAAGAAGAACUGCAAAUGUUCGUUCGAAACAGCAGAAAAGUGUAUUCAAAACAGAGUUUUCAGCUCAUCGAUAUGCAUUCUCCGAAGAUGACAGAAAUGGAUUGAUUGAACAAUUGAAUCCUAUUUAA